AUGGUGUCAGUGAUUCGCGGUGAAGUGGGCACCGCACUGGACACCAAUCGGAAUUCGAUUUGCUGCUCUGUUGAAGACACCACAAAGGAGAGUGAGACCACGACCACUACAACAUCACCGCAAUCAAGCGAUUCCAUCACAGUCGAUCAUUCCGAGGGAUCAUCUCGAACGAAUGAGCUACAGAACGAACAUGGAGAUGAUGAGAAUCGUCCGCAGUCUAGCAGGCAAAAAUUAAAUGAGGACCGAAUUGGUGCAUCUCAUAACACAAGUUCACCGCCAAUGUCUCGAUCAAACAAUACGAGUCGAACAGUAGCACAAGAGGACAAAUCGAUUGCAACCGUUGAUAAUACAUCGGAAUCCGAAAAAUCUGCGCAGACUUCAUCGUCCUCUCAUCAGAGGCGGAAACUUCCGAAGCAGAUGACAUUGGACGAGUCCUGGACGACACCUAUUUUUGUUGGAGCUGCAGAUGAUGACUAUUUCGAAAAUGCUCCGUCUCCUUCUUCUAGUCAAUUUUACAAGCCUCCAGAGGAGAAAACUCGUCGUGCAUCUGCUGAAAUAAUAACAGAAAAUAGUGAAGCGGUGGAGCCGGUUGAUCGUCCUCAAUCUUUGCCAGUAAUUGAAGCAUCAUCGUCAUUUGAUCACACAGCUGCGGAAUCUUCAAAGGUUUGUGGAUGU